GUAAGCCAAGUCAACAAUUCCAAAACACCCGUUAAUUGCGAGUCAAAUUUCAAUGACGGACCAAAUCCACCUCUUUCCUUUGAAAAACGUUACGAACGUAGAUCUACAAAAUUUAAGCCAAUGUCUGUGGAGGUGGCAGUUGUGCGGCGAUUGCUCUGGAGAGCCGGUUUGUGCGAAAGCCACCUGCCAUUGGAGCCGAGCAAAACGUCAACAAGCGACUUGGACCCGAUACAAAGAUUUGACAGCAGCCUACGUACCAGAGUUAUUCACUAGACAGGCGGCUUUGAACACUCAUGCGGACCUGUUGAAAAUCAUGCGGCUCAUUAACGAGAGGCCUGAUGACGCACGAGAGCACCUCGUCCAGCGACACUUUGUGUGCCCUGAAAUCGAUACAGAAAACAUUCCAGCAGUAUCGGAUCAGUACAGGGCAAUGGAUUUAGCAGCCAGCAUCCUAUUCUCUGUCAACUGCGGCAUGUCGCGCGAACAUGCAGAUCUGCUCGAAGACGGAAUUUCAACGUUGCAGUGGCGAAACAAUCUUUCAGCAACAGAGUUUCUUAGAGAAGCGUUUCCGAAAACACUCCAGCAAGCAUUUGAAUCCGAGAAAGAACAUCCUGAGUGGUCUACGAUAACGCCCGAUCUGAGUGCCAAGCAACUACGAAAGCUCACGGGGCUUCAGAUGGAACCAACAUGCGACCUUCGAAGUCAUCUAGUAUUAGAUCACGAGAAACGGGUAGUACGUGUCUUCCACUGCACUGCAAUGCUGAAAGAAAACCUGUCAGCGUCCCGAAGCGAUUCCAACGACUGUGUCCUGCCACGACAACUCAUCCUCGAAGUUCUUCAUACAAUCAAUAAUGUUUUGUUCCCGUCCGAUCGCGAAUCCCAGGCUCUUCUCUCGUCUCUGGUCUCAAAACAUGGUUUCGACGAGGAUCUUCUCAGGUACGAAUCGAUGGUGCUCGGACAUGAGGACAGUGUUGAAUCCACGUAUGCAUACUUCGGCGUUCGCCUUGCGGAGCUUUAUGAUGAGUUGCAAAACCCCUCACCUCGGACGCGAUUGGAAAGCUGGUUCGAGCGCAAGAGCGGCGCAAGAUACAUGCUGAUGGCAACAAUGAUUGGAGUCUUUAUUGCGAUCGUCAUCGGCAUUCUAGGCCUAGGUGUCUCUACAUUUCAGGCUUGGGUAUCGUACCAACAAUGGAAACACCCCAUAAAGGAAGAAUGAUACACGGUGUCGCGAUUCUGUACGGACAACAACACCGAUGAUCUUGAAGACAAAGUAUGUUUUCAGACCUUUUUUUUCCCGUCACACUGGUAGGCAACCGAGGUUCGCACACGAAGUAGACGAAUGUGCAUCAGAUUAUGCAG